AUGCCAUGGCCAUGGCCCUUUGGAUCCUCGGGAUCCUCCGACAAGUCGAACUUGUCGAAAAAGUCCAAAGAGGAAAAGGAUGAAUCUCCCCCAGGCAGCCCGCCGUCUUGGAAUGACCUCCUCCCCAAACCCGAUCCUCCUCUUCAAGCCGCGAAGGAAUGGACUCCUGUGUUUCUUACCGCAGUCGGCUCACUAGCCGUCUUUGUGUUUUACCAGUCCUAUCUCAAGAGAAUUCCUAGCGCAGGCAGCAUCCAGGACAACUACUUCAGAAGGAGAUCGCUGUUUGGCAAAGUCACCAGUGUGGGAGACGGAGACGGAUUCCAUCUGUUUCACACACCUGGUGGUCGGCUGGCUGGCUGGGGGUGGCUCCGAAAGGUGCCGGAGACCAGGUCGGCCUUGAAAGGCAAAACGAUUCCUGUUCGUCUGGCUGGCGUCGACGCUCCGGAGGGCGCGUACUUCGGUCAACCUGGCCAACCAUUUGCACAGGAGGCUCGGGCGUACCUGUCCGACUGUAUACUCAACCGGCGAGUCAGGGCAUACAUUCACAGCCGAGAUCAGUACAACAGAGUCGUCGCGACAGUUUACGUCAGAGGCUUUCCUUUCAGAAAAGACGUCGGGCUGCCAUUAUUGAAGCAGGGACUCGCUACUACAUACGAAGCCAAGAGCGGGGUGGAAUGGGGCGGCAUGGAGAAGGUUUACAAGGCGGCUGAGCUCAAGGCCCGGGCGAAGCGGCUGGGAAUUUGGUCAGCCAAGCCCUCUGACUUUGUUAGCCCACGAUCAUACAAGAAGGAAAAACAGGGGCAGCAGCAGGAGAAACAAAGAGAGGUUGAGGAACAAACUGAAAAGUCUCGAUGGUGGAAAUGGUUUUGA